UUAUGCAGGGGUUCAUCGAAUUCACUCACCCGAUGGAUUUUGACAUUUGAGCGGGUCGUCUUCUCGAACAAAAGUUCAUUUUGCGUUCAUUAUGCGACCCGCUCAAACGUCAUAAUUUCUUGGGGGAGUUCAUUUUGCGUUAGUCUAUAGACCUGUGCAGGAGUUCAUCAAAUUCACUCACCCGAUGGAUUUUGACAUUUGAGCGGGUCGUCUUCUCGAACAAAAGUUCAUUUUGCGUUCAUUAUGCGACCCGCUCAAACGUCAUAAUUUCUUGGGGGAGUUCAUUUUGCGUUAGUCUAUUCUCGUAACACACUACGAAAACAAAAACAUUAAAAUGUCAUUGCGGUUGACCGCAGUCGCUUUAUCAACUUAUCAGUUAGCAGUUUAAAUUAAACAAAUUAAAACAAUCAAAAGUGAACGGAUAUUAUCCCGAAUAAAUGGAUCCACUAGAGUACAAGGCUCUGCAUGAAAGUGCUAUGCGGAACAACAAUGGGACAUCGGCGCUGAACGUGUUCCUGCACAUCCUCCCGUCGUACUUCACAAUUUUUCACACGGUCCAACUACUGUCGACCGCAUCGAUCGUUCACAUUCCUGGCCGAUUCCUGAUGGAGUUUUUCCUGGUAGUGCUUCCCUUCCUACUGAUGGUCACCAUUCUGCACCCACUGGUGGCAAACAUCAGCGUAACACUCGCGCUGAUCACCGCAGUGUCCGCCGUACACCAGAUGAAGAAUCGUACCCAUUUUACGCCGUUUGUGCAAAUUCCGGCCAAACAACCGCAGUUCAUGAGUGCAACCCGGGCGCUGAUAAAUCUGAUGACGGCAGUUUGCAUACUGGCGGUGGACUUCAGGAUCUUUCCGCGGGAGUUGGCCAAGACCGAGACCGGGUUCGGGCUGAUGGACGUGGGCGUCGGACUGUACGUCUUCAGCAACGGUAUCGUGAUAAAGUUGGAUAAGGAGCGAAAAUUGGAUAUCAAGCGAUUGAAGGACGUUCUUUUGGGGAGCUUCCCUUUGUGUGUGCUCGGGGCGAUGCGGUUCUUCGUGACACAGGAGAUCGACUAUCAGCAGCACGUUUCGGAGUAUGGUGUGCAUUGGAAUUUCUUCGUUACGCUGGCGAUCGUUAAGAUCUUUGGCACGUUGAUUAUGGAUGCUGUGAAAGAUCCCGAAGUGGCGAAAUUUGUUGCUAUCACGGUGCUGUGCUGCCACGAAAUGAUGCUGCAUCUUGGGGUUUCGCGUUACGUUAUGAAUGAGAAAGUCGAGCGGAGUAACUUUCUCGAUGCCAAUCGAGAAGGAGUGGCGUCCGUCCCAGGGUACGUAGCUUUGUAUCUAGCUUCGACCUACUUGGGUUCGGUCAUGCGUCCCACCGUAGAGAUCCAACCCGUGAAGAAGUUUCUCCGACAGGCGAUGAAACUGAGCAUCACUGCCGUUUGCUGGAUGAUGAUCUACGUUUGCGAGGACAUGUUCGGCGUUUCCCGUCGGCUGGCAAACAUGGGGUAUGUAUUCUGGAUCCUUUCGAUCGGCGCAACCAUGAGUGUGCUGUUCAUGUUGCUCGAGGUGUUUGUUUAUUACGUGAGAUUUGAGGAACCGAAAACACCCGAUCAAAUAAUGAAGGGAGACGAUUUCUGCAUUCCGUACUCGCCAUUAAUACUAAAUGCAAUCAACGAAAAUGGUUUGGCAUUCUUUUUGGGAGCCAAUCUGUUGACCGGUUUAGUUAAUAUGCUGUUUCAAACGAUGUUGAUGGAACCACCGGCAGCUCUGGUCAUCAACUGUUAUUACAUCUUCAUGAUUUGUGUGAUUGUUGUAUUCAUGUAUGUCAAUAAGAUCAAGUUGAAAGUAUGGUAAGGUGAAGCAAAACGGUUGUGUAUUACCCCUCUAGUCAUUAUUUAAUUGGAAUCAUUCUUGUAAUGCCUGUGGUACAAGCUAAGUAUAGGCGAAUGAGGAAAAUGCGUUGCAUUUUUUUUAAUCAUCGUUUUCAGAUGAGGUUUCAAAGAUGACAUUCACAUUCGUACAAAGUUUGAGACAAUUUUUGUUUAGAUGAUUAAUGAAUUCAAAGUGCUCAAGCCGUACUAUUACAAAAUCUAACAAUGUAUCGUAAAACUUUUGUUUCUAUUGUUUAAGUUCACCGACUGAUGUCCUUUAUAACGCUUAAGCUAAGUUCACUUUUGCAUCAAUAUAGAUGU